AUGCGAAUAAUAGUGUUUAUCCUUAAUUCAUUCCAGAAAGAGGAAGAAAAAGCACUGUCAGCGAAGCACGGCGCAUACAUGAUGAAUAAUUAUUAUGAUAAGGGAGCUAUGGUACCGUAUGGUUACAAUACUUAUGCUGGUUACGGUAACUAUCCAUACGGCUACGGCGGUCAGUACAAUAACGGAUACUACGGCUACAUGACGUACGGACGCUAA